GUCUUCCAUGUGGCAAACAGUGAGUCCUGCCGAUCGGAAGAUGUAUCUGUCAGUGGAGGAGGAUGGGGAAUUCUGGAUGACAAUGGAAAACUUUUGUCAGCACUUCUCAGAUGUGACUAUCUGCUGUCUGUGCCCUGAUUUUCUUGACGGCAACUCUGAAGGUCAUUGGACGCCUUCUUUCCAUGAUGGCAGAUGGGUCGCAGGGACCACUGCUGGUGGUUGCCUUCAAUUCCGAGACAGUUUCUGGACCAAUCCCCAGUAUUGAGUGAAGAUUGAGGGAUUUGACAGGGACUUCUCUGAGACACAGGGGGACAACAACAUGCUUGUGUCUCUGAUGCAGAAGCCAGACAAGAGAAACCGACGCCUGGUCAAAAGUGUCCACAUGGGCAUCAACAUCUUCGAGGUACCUGCCCAAUUCAAAGGACAGAGGGGGAAGUUUCCUGCCUCCUUCUUCAAAACCAAUGCACCUGUCGCCCAAACCAAGAACUUCCUGAAUGCUCGAACAGUGAUGCUCUUAUGCAGGCUGAAACCUGGCGAAUACCUGAUCGUGCCAUCAUCCUUCAAACCCAAUGAAACCGCUUCCUUCAUCCUGUCCAUCCUCUCCAAGGCGGAGACGCACAUCCAUGAAAAUUCCAAUGACCAAGAUAUGGAGGAAACCCCAAAGCUCACACCUACUGACAAUAGAGAAGAUAUGGGCAACAAACGAACUCUAUUUCGGGAAUAUUCUGAUCAGUUUGAGGAGGUGGAUGCUGAACAGCUUCAGAGAAGUCUGGAUGAAAAUCUCCUCCAAGGAUAUGCAAAGAAAACACCAGGCUUCAGCUUGGAGUCCUGUCGAAGCAUGGUGGCCCUAAUGGAUACAUCAAUCACUGGAAGACUGAACAGUGAUGAAUUUCUACGUCUAUGGAGAAAAGUUACCAUGUACAAGGAUAUCUUCUUCUGUUCAGAUGUGGACCAUUCUGGAAUGUUGUCAUCGAGUCAACUGAGAAACGCAAUCAUGGCUUCAGGGAUCAGGCUGAGUGAUAACCUGUUGAACCUGAUUGCUCUGCGCUACGGUGGAUCUUCUGGAAACAUCAGCCUGGAGAGUUUCCUUAGCCUCGUCCUGCGCAUGGAUCGCAUGGCCAAAAUAUUCAGAGAACUCAAUAAUGGAGGGGCCAUAUCUCUUCGAGACAAUGAGUGGAUGUACAUCACUAUGUAUGCAUAAACUACAGACCAAAGGGGAUUGUCAGAAGACUUCAAUUAGAAUCGUAAGAUUAGAAAAAGUGCUACGGUGGUGCUUUGCUGGACAAAUCCUACAUUUUCCUGGGUAUUUCAUUGCACUUCAACUUGAUAAAGAGUAUCUUGAUUAAUCCCACAGCCCCUUCUUUGCACUAACGCUUGUCUUACUACCUCUGACUUUGCUGAUAGUUACUUUAUUGAGGGAAAAUGGACUUACUAUGACUGUGAUGUGUGUUGUGUUACCGAGCCAUCUUAACAUGGAUGCACCGACUAUAAAGUCGAUCUGGAUGAGAGCGUCUGCUAAAUGAUUAAAAUGUAAAUGAUUUAAAGCUGCUGCAGUUUAAAGACAGUGAUCAAGAUGGGUUGUGAGUAAAUGACACUACUCUGUAAAUGGACUGGUUUAUAGGCUAUAAAACAUUACAGGUUACAUCCUGGUACUUUACAUUUACUUUUCUAUAUACCGUAUCCAUGUGGGGAUUUAUUCAUGUUUUUGGUUAUUUUCUUGCUUCCUGGUUUAAGUGCAGAACAAAUCAGGUGCUGUCAUUUGUUUACAUAACAGAGUACAAUAUGAUUGAGCUCACGUAGUAGAGAAAACUUCUAUCCAUGAAGAAUCAGAUUGAACCUAGUGUUUUUCUAUGAGGGUCAGACGUUGACAUCAGUCUUCCAUCCAGCAUACACAGCACAUGUUCUAUUCCAGUGGUAUUAAAUUGUUUUCAGCGGGGCCCCCAUUUUUUUCCUCUAGAAUUUCUGAGGACCCCAAUUUUUUUUUUUUACAUUUUCUCACAAACCGACCUCACCCCAAAUCUCAUGACAACCUUAAAAUCUCGAAAUUGAUUUUAUUACAUAAAACAAAUGUACCUUCAAUUAAUUGAGCACCAAUGAUAUACUUGCAUUUGAUUAAUUUGAAGAAAAAUAUGAAUAAAUUAUCUAUUCAAUCCAUA